GAGUCUUUAUAUUAUAAAGUAACAUAUAAUUUAAAAGAAUUUUUUUUUUUACCAAAAUGACAUAAUUUUAUAGAAAUUAAACUCAAAAUACUUUUUUCAGAGGAAACUCAAAAUACACAUGGAGAGGAUAAUAAGCGUUAACUCUCCUAAAUAAUAAUAAUUAGAAUUAGUCAACAAAGUAAACUAAUUAAUUAGAAAACCAUGUGAAAACUGAAAAAACUUGUCUGUAAGGAUAUAAAAGACAGCAUUGUGUAAAAAUGCGUAAUACUACAUACAAUUCAAGUCGGAUCUCGGAGCAUUGAAGAUCCGAAAUAGAUUGAGAUUUGUAAGAGCAAUUUCUGUUCGGUAUUGGGUCAACUGAAAAAUAAAAGCAGAGACGACACCGAAUUCCGGCGAAUCAAAUCAGCAAAAUGGAUCCGCCGCCGGCACAAUUCCGGUGGCGCCCAAUUCUCGCGGUGGUUCUCAUUUUAGCCACCAUUUGUCCUUCUAUGGCUAUCUACUGCGACGAAGACGAUUGCUAUGAUCUUCUUGGGGUUACUCAGAGUGCUAAUUCUUCUGAAAUCAAGAAAGCUUAUUACAAACUCUCCUUGAAACAUCAUCCAGAUAAAAAUCCUGAUCCAGAAUCGCGAAAGAUUUUUGUUAAAAUUGCCAAUGCUUAUGAGAUUUUGAAGGAUGAAGCUACACGAGAAAAAUACGAUUAUGCAAUUGCACAUCCAGAGGAGGUGUUUUACAAUACUGCACAAUACUAUCGAGCGUACUAUGGUCACAAGACGGAUCCUCGUGCUGUAUUGGUUGGCCUUCUUCUUAUUCUUUCUGGUUUCCAAUAUCUAAAUCAAACGACAAGGUAUAAUCAGGCUGUGGCCAUGGUGAAGAAGACACCUGCUUAUAAAAAUAAACUAAGGGCGUUGGAGCUUGAGCGCAGUGGUGGGAUUACAAAUAAGAAGAAGGGUCAAAAGAAUAAGGACAGAAAAGUGGAGGAAGACCUCAGUAAAGUGGAGGAAGAACUUGAUCUGCAGAUAACAGGAACUGAAAGGCCCUCCAUAUGGAAACUUAUUGGUGUCCGCUUCAUUCUUUUACCUUAUACUUUAGGAAAGCUGCUGCUAUGGUCUGGCUGUUGGUUUUGGACAUACAAGGUGAAAAAGUGCCCUUAUUCUUGGGACGAUGCUUCUUAUCUGACACAAAGGUCCCUUGGUCUUCCUGACGACAGAUGGAGAGGUAUAGAUGAAGCAUCAAAGGAAGAUCUUGUGCUAAGAUGCUUAUGGAAGAAAGCAAAUAUGGAGAGCUACAUGACAGAGAUGCGGAAAGAAUCAAAGCGCAGAAGAUAGCUGGUACAAUUGCUUCACGUGCUGUUUUCCAAGUGCAAAAUUUUGUUUUACUCGUGAAAUUGAACUGAAUUAUAAGAUGAUAGUUAAAAUUAUAAUACUGCAAAAUUAUUUAUUUUGGGUUGCUAUAUUAAUAUUUUUUGGGAGGAGAGAAAAAUCAUUCAUUGUCAACCACAAAAUCUUAGAUUUAUAAGUUUGCAAAUGUACUAAGCGCAAAUGAUAUUUAAGUAGGUUGCACUUUGAGUCUAUAAACAGAACACCAAAGGAAACUGGUUUAGCUAUUGCUACAUUCUUUCAAUGAAGUUGGUACUUGGCCUCAAUUUUUGCAGCAA